AUGUCGCUAUCUAAUGCACUAUCAAGCAAGAUGUUUCAGCCAAGACCGCCAUUACAAUAUAUAAGGCCCACUGAUCACCCAAUCGAGAAUCGCAAAACGAAUCCCAACAUUCAAGGCUUGGCACCGUAUCUACACGCCUUGAAUUCAUACAGAGAGGAGUUUGAGAAAGGCAGUGAGCAAAACCAUCUCAAAAUAUAUGAAGAUGCAGGAAAUGCAAGGCACAGGGAAAUGAAUGAGCUACAAGAGAAAGUAAACUUAUGGAGUCCGGAAACAGAUGAAAAUAUCCAGGGAAGCGAUCCCUAUAGAACCAUAUUUGUGGGUAGACUGCCUUACGAAAUAACGGAGAUUGAACUGCAAAAAGAGUUUGUAAGAUUUGGUGAAAUAGAGAAAGUACGAGUGGUAAGAAACAAAUCAACGAACAAAAGUCGCGGUUAUGGUUUUAUUCUCUUUAAAGAAGAAAUUUCAGCUCGCAAUGCAUUUAGAGAAAUUGGUGUCCAUCGCGGGAUAGAGAUCAAUGGUAGACCGGUGAUUGUGGACAUCGAGCGCGGUCGAACCGUCAAGUAUUUCAAACCGAGGAGGCUUGGAGGUGGGCUAGGUGGCCGUGGCUACAUGAAGAGAGACAAGAUGGCCAAAUUUACGAAUGAAGACUCUCGACCACCGCGGAGCCAUCCUCCACGCAAUUCAUCUCCAGCAUACCCUCGGAGUAGAUUCGGUGGUUUCAACCCCGCUAAGAGACCACUGCCGAACCAAAAUUCUGUUACUUACAAAUCCAGGCAGGAUAGGUCCCGGCGUCUAGAUAGAAGUGCAAGGCCCGAAUAUUAA